AUCGUUAGAGAGCGAAAGGAAGACCUCAAACUUCCAAAUCAUCUCAUGGGUCAUCGACGCUUAUAUCUCCAACUCUGCUUCCGCAAUGUCUCAGAUCUUCUCGCAGUACGCCGCGAAAUUGUUCCCUUGGCGAUGGAAAAUGGUGCAAAACUCAGUGCAGUCGAUGCAUACGCCGAAGUUGUCAACAUGUCAGAAUCAAACAUGCAGGUGGAGGUCGAGACCUCGUGGGCCGCGGAAGCAGAUGCUUUGAAUGGCCAGUCCAAGAGCGCAAAAGAUAUAGAUCCUCGUGAUGCCAUAAUAGACGUGCGCGAGUUUGACGUUCCGUAUUAUCUUCGUGUCGCGAUCGAUAACGAACUUCGAGUUGGUUUGUGGUACAAUGUCUCGUUCACGGCUGGCCAGCCGCAAUUCUCGCAAAUGGACCGCGUGAAGCGACCUGAUCCCGUCGUUCUUGCAUAUGAUAUUGAGACAACUAAAGCGCCGCUCAAGUUUCCCGAUAGUGCAACAGACCAAGUCAUGAUGAUUUCAUACAUGAUUGACGGCCAGGGGUUUCUCAUCACGAAUCGCGAAAUUGUCAGUGAAGACAUCGAUGAUUUCGAAUAUACGCCGAAGGAAGGAUUAGAAGGGCCAUUCACUAUCUUUAACGAACCCGAUGAGGCAGCGACUAUCACGAGAUUCUUCCAACACUUCCAAGAAGUCAAACCAACUGUCGUAGCGACAUUCAACGGUGACUUCUUCGAUUUUCCCUUCCUCUGUGCACGGGCAAUGGUGCAUGGGAUUGAUAUGUUCCUUGAAAUUGGAUUCUCAAAGGACUCGGAAGACGAAUAUAAGAGCCGUACCUGCGUGCACAUGGACUGUUUCCGUUGGGUGAAGCGUGAUUCGUACCUGCCCCAAGGUAGUCAAGGUCUUAAGGCCGUCACGACUGCAAAACUGGGCUAUGAUCCUAUUGAAUUGGACCCUGAACUUAUGACGCCUUAUGCAAUGGAACAACCGCAGACUCUCGCCCAGUACUCAGUUUCCGAUGCCGUGGCGACUUAUUAUCUGUACAUGAAAUAUGUGCACCCUUUCAUUUUCUCACUGUGUAACAUAAUUCCGCUCAAUCCCGAUGAAGUGUUAAGGAAAGGGACCGGAACGCUCUGUGAGACGCUAUUGAUGGUGGAGGCGUAUAGAGGUCACAUCAUCAUGCCGAACAGACAUGAAGAUCCUCAUGGCAAUAUGUUUGAGGGACACCUGCUUUCAUCCGAAACUUACGUCGGUGGGCACGUCGAGGCUCUGGAGGCCGGAGUUUUCAGAAGUGAUAUCCCGACUAACUUUAAAAUUGUUCCGGAGGCAGCACAGAAGCUCAUCGACGAACUUGAUGCAGCUCUGACAUUCUGUAUUGUUGAAGAAUCCAAAUGUUCAAUGGACGAUGUUGUAAACUACGAGCAGGUCAAAGGCCAGAUUCAGGCCGCUCUUGAACUCAUGCGUGACAAACCCCUGCGAUUCGAUAAGCCGCUUAUAUACCAUUUGGACGUUGCUGCGAUGUAUCCCAACAUCAUGUUGUCGAAUCGACUUCAACCUGACUCCGUGGUCGACGAGUCAGUCUGUGCCGUAUGUGAUUACAAUCGUCCCGGAAAGACGUGUGAUCGCCGCAUGACAUGGGCGUGGCGAGGAGAAUAUUUCCCUGCCCAGCGCGACGAGUACAACAUGGUUCGACAUGCAUUAAAUCAGGAACAGUUUCCUGCGAAGCGUCCCGGCGGACCUCAACGACGCUUUAACGAGUUGUCUCCAGCUGAACAGAGCGCUUUGCUACAUAAGCGUCUUGGUGAUUACUCUCGCAAGGUGUACAAGAAAACAAAAGAGACACGUAUUGUGCAGCGCGAGACUAUAAUUUGCCAACGCGAAAACCCUUUUUACGUUGAUACGGUGCGGCGCUUCCGUGAUCGUCGUUACGAAUACAAGGGUCUGCACAAAACGUGGAAGAAAAAUCUAGAUGGCCUUGGCUCUAACGGGGCCGUCGCUGAAGUCGAGGAGGCGAAGAAGAUGAUUGUUAUCUAUGAUUCCCUUCAACUAGCCCACAAGUGCAUUCUGAAUUCUUUCUAUGGGUACGUCAUGCGAAAGGGCGCUCGUUGGCAUUCGAUGGAGAUGGCUGGAAUAACGUGCCUGACCGGAGCGACGAUCAUCCAGAUGGCUCGUCAGCUCGUCGAACAAAUUGGUCGUCCCUUGGAACUUGAUACUGACGGUAUCUGGUGUAUGCUUCCCGAAGUUUUCCCCGAGAACUUCAAGUUUCAACUAGCGAAUGGGAAGACCAUUGGCUUCUCGUACCCAUGCACAAUGCUUAAUCAUCUCGUCCAUGCAAAAUUCACGAACCACCAAUAUCAUGACCUGGAUCCAGAAACUAGUCAGUACAAGGUCCAUAGCGAGAACUCGAUCUUCUUCGAAUUAGAUGGUCCGUACAAGGCAAUGAUCCUGCCGUCUUCAAAAGAGGAGGACAAAUUGCUGAAGAAACGAUACGCUGUAUUCAAUGAUGAUGGGUCUCUGGCGGAGCUGAAAGGAUUUGAAGUCAAGCGACGCGGGGAGUUACAGCUCAUCAAGAUCUUUCAGUCUCAGAUCUUCGAGAAGUUUUUGCUGGGAUCGACAACUCAAGAAUGCUAUGCAGCUGUCGCCGAAAUAGCGGAUCGCUGGCUGGACGUCCUGUACAGCAGAGCAGAAAGCUUGAGUGAUGAAGAGCUUGUCGAGCUGAUCGCGGAGAACCGGAGUAUGUCAAGAACUCUCGCCGAGUACGCUGGCCAGAAAUCAACAUCAAUCAGCACGGCAAGGCGUCUUGCGGAGUUUUUAGGUGACCAGAUGGUCAAGGAUAAAGGCCUGGCUUGCAAGUUCGUAAUUUCGGCGAAACCGAUAGGCGCUCCAGUGACCGAACGUGCGGUUCCUAUUGCCAUCUUCUCUGCCGAAGAGAGCGUGAAGAGGACGUACCUUCGCAAAUGGCUAAAGGAUAAUAGUCUGGCAAGUUUCGACUUGCGCGCCAUACUGGAUUGGGAUUAUUAUAUUGAGCGUUUAGGUUCCGUCAUCCAGAAACUUAUCACCAUCCCAGCCGCCAUGCAAAAGGUUCCUAAUCCGGUGCCUCGCAUACGCCAUCCGGACUGGCUUCACCGACGUGUCGUUGCUCUCGACGACAAAUUUAAGCAACACAAGGUAACGGACUUUUUCAAGAAGUCGUUAGCCGAUGAAUCGCACACUCAGCCCCAGAACCUGCCCGACUUCGAGGAUCUGACCCUUGAAGAUGGUGAUCGUCCAUCCUCAGACCGUAUUGCCAUUACCAAGAAAGCCUCCCGCAAGAUCACCGAGAACAAUGAUCUACCUGUAUCUGAGACCCGGCUUCCAAACCCUUACAAGAACUAUCCGAAGUGGCUAAAAGCUGUGAAGAAACGCUGGAGAGCGCAAUUAGAGGCUCGCGAUAAUGAAGAUCCUUCAAUGGCCGUGCCAUCGAUGUUCCGAGGAGUGAGGAGUGUAAUUACUCGCCACUGGGACAUCGUGCAGAUUAGGUCUAUUAGUCGUGGCCGCUUCACCAUGUGGUUGUGCGUGAACGCCGAGCUGAUACCGGUGACAUUACGGAUUCCCCGUGAAUUCUAUCUAAACUUCAAAGCACCGCCCGGAAGGGAUGAAUUUGAGGAGCACUAUAUACGCGAUCGAGUCAUCCGGACCCUUCCUCGUGAUCGUCCAUGUUUCCAUCUCUACAAGUACUCCAUGUCCGAGGAAACAUUCCUAAAUGGUGAAAGCCAUUUCACGAAUGAGAUCAACAAUCCGAACGUUGAUGGCGCCUAUGAGCUUCAGGUCCCCUUAGUUGUCCGUGCUCUUGUAAAGCUUGGGACUACCUGCAUUACCGACCAAAAAGGUCUCACACUUAACAGAGCCCGAGAUAAUGGCGUUGACCUCUGGCAAAUGGACCGCUCGAUGCCUUCCCCGUUGAGGAAACCUUACCUCGACAGUGGCAAGCCUCUUAAAUACCUCUUUCUAUAUCACGCAUACACCGCUUCUGCGCCUGUUCAUGUGUAUGCUUUAUUCCUUCCUAAUGGGACGGUGAAAUUGCACGUGGUGGACUCAGCGACUCGACGGCAGCUCAUCCCACGAUUUGAGAACGCCUACGAAGAUCUUUUAGCGAAGAAACGCUCCGACCUCAGUAAAUUCUCGACGUAUGUCUACCCCGACGCACUUAGAUCAUCGACCGAUUAUCACAGCAAUGAGACGACUGCUUUGAAGGCCAUAUCACGAGAGCUCGGAGCUCUGGAGAAGAAGUCCUUUACCAUCGUAUUGUCAUCUGCAAAGGACUUCACCUACUUUAGCAGUUCAGUGCCGAAGCUAAACAGAUUCCCGGUUCUGCGCAUGCCUUCGACAAAAGCUAGCCAUAUUCUCGACAUUUUCCCGUGGCAAAGCGCAAUUGCAAAGAAGAUGUUCUUACGCUACUUCUCUCUUGCGCCAUGGCUUCAAAGAACCAUCGCCCAGGCGGCUUACUACGAUAUUCCUGUUGGACAUAUCGAAGAUGACCAGCCUCUCUUCUUCUGCGAUAUCGAGUUAGCCCGCCGACUAUCAGCUCAAGACAUGGUACUGUGGUGGUCAGCUGGAGAAAAGCCAGAUCUUGGUGGUUUCGAGAAUGAUAUGCCUCCCGCUGAAGAGCUCACGAACCCCGAAUUUCUCUCUCCAGGCCUUUACUCGAAAGUUUGCCUUUCCAUACAGGUUGGAAAUCUCGCGAUAGAUUCGGUACUGCAAUCGGCUCUUGUCAAUGAGCUGGAAGGUAGCGGAGGGACCACCGCUUUUGACUCAACGUCGCACACUCUGGAUGACUAUUCCACUGGGGAUGCGCAACCAAAUGUCACGUUAGGUGACUCAAAUUUGUCUCCCCAAAUGUUUGCAAUCAUUAAGCAAAUGGUCCGGGCUUGGUUGCUCGAUAAGGCGCGUGAUUCUAACAGUCCGGUGUCGGUGACUCUUGAUCACUUCUGGCGCUGGGUGAGCUCGAGCUCUGCCAUGAUGUAUGAGCCAAGCGUCCAGCGUUUUAUACACGGGCUCAUGCGGAAGACAUUUAUCCAACUAUUGGCCGAAUUCAAGCGUCUCGGUUCAAAUGUAGUUUACGCUGAUUUCUCCCGAAUUCUUCUUGUCACAUCGAAACCUCCGGGAACAGCUCACGCAUACGCAACAUACAUCACGACGGCGGUAACAUCUCACGACUUGUUUAAGCACAUAUAUCUGCGAACGGAGCGUUUCUACGAUUUCCUACUAUAUAUGGAUCCUGCGAACUAUGGGGCCGUCGUUUGUGAGGACCCGCUCGCUAUCGAACCGCCGAAGCAGAUAGCUAUUUCGUCGACCUGGAACAUUAACAAGUUCCUGCCUCCCGCAGUACAAGGUCAUUUCCGAACCGUAGUGCGUUACUUCAUAGCACAAAUGGCAAAAAUUAGGCGUGAGGUUGAGCAGAACACCCGAACACCUCUUCGUGUUGUGCAAAACUUGGGGCCAGAUGUGACCCAACGGGAUACAGGGAAAAUAAAGGAAAUCGACGAAUCGAAAGUCUUCAUUGCGCAAAAGUUGACUCGUCGGAUGCUCCAAGUCGUCUCAGUAAUUCAAGACGAACACAAAAGGUCCAUAAUGGACGAAGGAGAAUCCCCAGAGUACGCCUUCCCGGUUCUACCGGGAUCCUACCUGCACAUGACCGAACCCACUCUCGAAUUUAUCAAGUUUUCCUGCGCCGUCUUCAGUCUCGCACAAGAUUAUCAAAUUGAGAUUGGGUUGAUGAAGCGCAAUCUCCUGGAACUCGUCGGAGUGCGAGAGUUCUCCGACCAAGCACUCUUUCGCAAUCCUUGCGAUCCGCUCAAGUUGUCCAUGGUCACAUGUUGUUACUGCGAUCAUAUCCGGGAUUUCGAUUUCUGUCGGGAUGAUGACCUACUUCCCACUUCGCUUGAACAAGCAAAGUGGUAUUGCCCAGAAUGCGACGGCGAAUACGAUAGAACCGCUAUUGAAUUUGCGUUAAUCCAGCAUUUACAUCGUCUUGAGCGUAACUUCGUUCAACAGGACCUCCGUUGUGCUCGAUGCAAGCAGAUUCAAUCUGACAACGUUUCUCGUCAUUGUGAAUGUUCUGGAAAUUAUCAACUUACAACUAGUAAAGCGGACGUCCGACGAAAGUUGCGUACCAUUAUCAACGUCGCCAUCACACAUAAUUUGACGAGGUUGAAGGAAUGUGCACAACUAAUGUAUGGUAACUGGUAAUA